AUGCAGGCUGCCAAAAGCAAGCAUCUUCCGAUCACGGCCGUUAUAAUGUUCGUCGUCUACUCUUCGGGGUCCUUCAACAUAUUCCAAACCUUCGUUUGCGAGCGGCUGGAUACCGGGGUGGAUUACCUUGGGGCUGAUUACAGCCUCACCUGCUGUACAGUUGUCCAUAAGGCUAUGAUGGUUUACGCCGGCCCGAUGAUCUUCGUGUACCCAGUGGGCAUUCCGGCCUUUUAUGCUUGGGUCCCGAAGUUGGACCACCUGCAGUCCAUGCGGGAUCUCUGGGCUCCGUACAAGCCUCAUCGAUACUACUUCGAAGUGGUGGAGGUGGAGUGUGGUCGCCGGAUUGUGUUGACAGGGCUGGCCGCCUUUCUGUUGCCGAAGAGCGCGGCGCAGGUAGCGAUCGAGGUGGUGCUGGCUGCUAUCUUCAUGGCGGUGUCUGAUGUGUUGCCGCCGUUUGUAGACCCGUUCGGUGCGUGGCUGUACCGUAUCGGCGGGUGGAUAAUUUUUUUCUCGAUGUACCUGGCCCUGUUGUUGAAAGUGGAUGUUUCGGACGAGGACAAUCAAAGCCAAGCGGCAUUUGCGAAGGUGCUUAUCGCGGCGCACGCCGGCAUGGUUGCGGUGAUCGUGGGUCAGGCCGUGCUGUCGAUGAGGAGGAGCCUCAUUGCUGCGAGGGACAAACCGGUCACCAACGAAAGCUUGCAUCGCUCAAAUUUGGCACAGGCUUGCGAGUGGGAGGGGGAGGGGGAGGAGGAGGAGCAUGCUGUAGUCGAAAAGGAAUCAAAUCUGCAGCGGCAAGAAGAAGAUGGUGAAACCGGGAGCGGAGCCGCAAUAUCAGCUUAA